AUGGGUCAAGGCUAUUCUACAUCUGCGCCUUCGGCCGGCGCAUUCAGCGUCGAUACCAGCGAGCUCCACGAUGUCACCUACGAAAGGUCUAUGGGCACAUCACGAUUCAUGAAAUCGAUACGAGUACGGCAUAAAGAAGGCCAACUGGUUGUUAAAAUUUUCGCAAAGCCCCUAGAACCUUUACCGCUCGAUGAUUACCGGCGAGAGAUCCAAAUGGAACGAGACAUCGUCGCCGAUAUUCCAAACGCUUUGACAUACUCCCGAGUCUAUGAAACCGAUCGUGCAGCAUACCUUAUCCGUCAGCAUCUUUAUAGCAGUCUCUACGAUCGUAUAAGCACCCGUCCGUUUCUCGAGGACAUCGAAAAGCGAUGGAUAACUUACCAACUUCUUUGCGGCCUACGAGAUUGUCAUGCAAAGGGCCUUCAUCAUGGCGAUAUUAAAGCCGAAAAUAUCCUAGUUACAACUUCGAACUGGGCCUACCUCUCUGACUUUGCGCAUUUCAAGCCAACCUAUGUACCAGAAGAUAAUCCAGCGGACUUUUCUUACUUCUUCGAUUCUUCGGGGAGGAGAACUUGUUACGUUGCACCGGAGAGGUUUUAUAGUCCUUCAAAAAUCGUACAAGAUAAGAUCACAGAUGCGAUGGAUAUCUUUAGCUUGGGUUGUGUUAUUGCAGAGUUAUUUUUAGAAGGGACUACGUUGUUCAACCUGUCGACACUUUUUAAAUAUAAGAGGGGGCAGUAUGACCCGGCACUUACGCAUCUGAUCAAGAUCGAGGACCCGGAGAUACGUUCACUGGUUACACAUAUGAUCAAUGUCAAUCCGGCACAACGGUUGGGCGCUGAUGGGUAUCUGAGGCAAUGGCGACAGAAGGCCUUUCCGGAUUAUUUCUAUAGCUUCUUGCACCAGUAUAUGAAUACUGUUAAUGAUCCAACGUCCGGAAGGAGCCCGAUGUCGUCUGAUCACGUCAAUCUCGGGGAAUGCGAUAAGAGAAUAGAUAGGAUAUAUCAGGAUUUCGACAAAAUAUCCUUCUUUCUAGGUCACAUUGCCGAAAACCCAGUACCAAGUUCAGAACUCCAUGGAGAGAUGUUUCCAGUGACGUUGGAUAUUCCAAAUUAUCAAGCUUAUGGCCAGAGAUCAAAUAUCGAGUCUGAUGAUGGAACAUUAAUGUUCUUGACCCUUAUCACUUCUUCCUUGAGGAACGCGGCUAGAGCUAGGGCGAGGUUGAGAGCUUGCGAUUUAAUACUAGCUUUUGCGGAGAGGGUGACAGACGAAUCGAAGGUUGAUAGGUGCUUGCCCUACUUGAUCAGUUUACUUAAAGACGCAGCAGAGCCAGUACAAGUUGCUGCUGUGAAGGCAAUCACACAAUUGAUGGAACAAGUCAAGGUAGUAUCGCCAGUGAACGUGUCUGUAUUUCCUGACUAUAUUCUUCCAAAUCUCGCUGGAAUUACUGGAAAUGAUUUCAUGGGGAUUAAACUGCACGGUUCACUUGCGCGGGCUACAUUGGGAUCAUGCAUGGCAUCGCUUGCGGAAUCUGCUUCCCGAUUCCUCGAUAUGGCACAAGCAUUACGUGCAGACGGAUCUUUGCCUAGCGCUGACCCGCAAGCAGAAUUUAGCGUAAAAUUAGAUGGGAUGCACUCCUCGUCAUACGAUAUGUCAAAAAACGACCUAAUAUCAUACUUUGAACAACAAGCGACAUUACUCCUUACAGAUGGCGACUCCUCUGUCCGAAGAGCGUUUCUACCUUGCGUUUCGCGACUUUGCGUUUUCUUUGGACGAAGUAAAGCGAACGACGUGCUUUUAAGUCAUUUGAAUACAUACCUAAAUGACAAGGACUGGCGGUUGAAAUGCGCUUUCUUCGAAACCAUUGUGGGCAUGGCUACAUUCGUCGGGUCUGCGAAUUUGGAAGAAUUCAUACUACCACUUAUGAUGCAAGCUCUCACGGAUCCAGAAGAAUUUGUAAUCGCAAAAGUCAUCAAGUCACUUCGGCGUAUGGCGAAGCUAGGUUUAUUCCAGAAGAACAAGACUUGGGAACUCAUGACCACAGUAUCAAGGUUUUUGAUCCAUCCUAACCCAUGGAUACGCGAAGCUGCUGUGUCGUUUUUGGCAACGAGCUCGAAGUGGCUGACUAGGGCUGAGGUUUUAACGAUUGUUGAGCCGAUGCUCGUGCCGUUCUUGAGGGGAUCUGUUAGCGAUGUGUCGGACGUGGCGCUAGUGAAUAGCCUCAAACGGCCAAUUCAGCGGGCGGUCUACGACACAGCUGUGAAUUGGGCCGGUGGGACGAAUAAAACCGGCUUUUGGGCGAAGAACGCCAACUCAAGAGCCGGUGCGUUCAGGGAUUCUGCACUUCUGUCUAACCCUCAGGAGUGGCAGAUGGUGUUGGCGGAGGUACAAUCCGGAGCCAGAAGUGAGGAAGACAAGGGAUGGCUGCAGAAGCUACGCAACUUUGGGAUGGUGGAGGAGGAGGAGAAACUAUUGCUCUUGUUGCGGGAUUACGUUUAUCGGACAGCACAGAGAAGAGCGAAGCCUGGCACGGAGAUUACGACAUCAAUGCUGAAUAAUGUGGUGCCAUUGUCGUCGUUGAAUAUUACACCUCAGACGAUCUUCUUUGAGGAGCUGAAUGAUGAUAGGCAUGGGUUGAGGCAGCAGCUUGUUGGGGAUGUAAGGAGGAAUGGGAUUUUGUCACAAAUGUCGUCCGGAGCUGUUACACCGAGGACGCCGCAGAUCGAUAGGCAUCCUGCCAGGCUAGGGGUUGAUAAUGCACUUGAGAGAGUACCGACUUCUAGAAGUUUACAAAAAGCCCCAUCGAGUCUCGACGAGCGGCUAUCGAUCCAAUCUGCAGGCUCAUCGCACCGUGCGGUUUCUAAGGACGGGAUUUUACCACCGUUCAAAACGGCAAAGGCGGCUGCAUCGAUUGGAGUUGAAGCCCAGAACGCAGUUGGAAGUUUUCAACCUAUUCAUUCACCGUACAGUGAGCGACAACUACAAUUCCCGGCACCUCUUGGUCUCGAUACUUCCGGACCGACACAUUCUUACUCUGGCGGUGAUCCGGAUGUUCUUGGGCUGCUAGACAAUAUGUUCCAGGAUAAUUAUCCUUCGGACAUUGCAGAGUUUGGGCCCAUGAUUGUGCCGGCGACCAGAAGACAACCGAUUAAACGGAAUACUGGGAGAUCUACGGCGGGAAUAUGGAAACCGGAUGGUGGUUUGGUCGCUCAAUUAAACGAGCAUACUGGAGCCGUAAACCGGAUUGUGGUCGCGCCGGAUCAUACCUUCUUCCUGACCGCUUCCGAUGACGGGACGGUUAAAGUAUGGGAUGCGAAACGGUUGGAGAAGAAUGUAGCAACAAAGGCUCGAGGCACGUAUACGCAUAGCAAUGGGGCGAAGGUUCAAUGCCUUUGCUUUGUGGAGAAUACGUAUACUUUCAUUAGUGCGGCGUCGAAUGGUAGUUUGAAUAUCGUUAGGAUUGAAUACGGUGGAAGCAGGAAGGCGCCGAAGUUUACGUUAUUGAGGGAGUAUAUUUUUGAAAGCGGGGAGGUUGCAACUUGGAUUGAGCAUUUCAGGGCUGAUACGACUUCCAUUUUAAUGAUUGCGACGAAUAAGGCCCGGGUCGUGGCGCUGAAUCUUCGUACGAUGAGCGAGGAAUAUAGUCUGCCUAAUCCAGUACACCACGGUACUCCAACUUGCUUCCAUAUUGAUCGCAAGCACACAUGGAUGCUAGUGGGUACCUCACAUGGUAUCCUCGAUCUCUACGAUCUUAGAUUCCGAUUGAGACUACGUUCAUGGGGUCUUCCUGGUGCCACACCGAUCCACAGAUUGCUAGUUCAUCCCUCAAAGGGGCGAGGCAAAUGGAUAUGCGUAGCAGGUGGCAGCGGACAAGGUGAGAUUACAGUGUGGGAUGUGGAUAAGUGUCAAUGUCGGGAAGUCUAUCGUGCCAAUGGCGAGCUUGAAUCCGAAAAGACUUAUGAGCCCUGGAGAGUGGAUGAGGAGACACCUGAGGCUGUACUAUCGCGAUUUGCGAGUCAGAUAUUGGAACCUAGCGGGGUUAUUAGUGUUGACCGUGGGGUUAGAGGUAUUGCGGUGGGACUUGAUGCACAUCACGACGAGACUAAGAGUGGUGCAGGGUUCUUGGUCACUUCUGGUGCGGAUAGGAAGUUAAGGUUUUGGGACUUGGGCAAGGUUGAGGCUUCUGCGGUCUUUAGUGGGUUGGAUGCUGAGGAAGGAAAGCCGAGUUACGUGUUUACACAACCGGUGCCGAAUUUGGCCAUUACAACGGAGAAGCCGCCGGUUGUAAAAGAUCCGAAGGACAUGAAGAAGCAUAAAGGGCCAAGUCGGCCAUCUAGAUCGACGGUUAUUUCUUUGCAGCAGCAGUUAAUGUUGAGGUCGCAUUUGGAUUCGAUUUUGGAUGUUGCAAUUUUGGAGUUACCAUACGGAAUGGUCAUUUCUACUGACCGAUCUGGAGUUGUGCUUGUUCACCAGUAG